UAAAGGUAAAAAUUUUUAACUACUAAUUAAAUGAAAAGAACCUCUUAUGAAUAUGUUAGAUACAUAAAAAUCACUGGUUUAUGAUACUUUUAUGAAUAUUUGCUCAUUUAUUCUUUCAUUGUAGUGAUUAGCCAGUUGGGUAUGGAAGAAGAAAAUAAGACACUGGUGACUGAGUUUGUCCUCAUAGGACUUACAGAUCUUCUGGGGUGGCAGAUCCCCCUGUUCCUGGUGUUCUUGGUCAUCUACCUCACCACCAUGGUGGGCAACCUUGGACUGAUUUUUCUUAUCUGGAAGGACCCCCAUCUUCACACCCCCAUGUACUUAUUCCUGGGCAGUUUAGCCUUUGCAGAUGCUUGUUCUUCAUCCUCUGUGACUCCCAAGAUGCUUAUAAAUUUUUUAUCAAACAGUCAUUUGAUACCUCUCUCUGACUGUAUGGCCCAGUUUUAUUUUUUUGGUUUCAGUGCCACCACAGAAUGUUUCCUCCUGGUGGUGAUGGCCUAUGACCGCUAUGUAGCCAUAUGCAACCCCUUGCUUUAUCCAGUGGUGAUAUCUACUAGACUCUGCAUUCAGUUUAUAGGUGUUUCAUAUUUCACUGGUUUUCUACAUUCAGCAAUUCACAUAGGAUUUUUAUUUAGAUUAAGUUUCUGCAGGUCCAACAUAAUACAUCAUUUCUACUGUGAAAUUUUACAAGUCUUCAAAAUUUCUUGCACUGAUCCUACAGUUAAUAUACUUUUGGUUUUCAUCUUUUCAGCCUUUAUACAAGUCUUCACUUUUAUAGCCAUAAUAGUCUCUUAUACUGGUGUCCUUUUUGCCAUCCUGAAAAAUAAGUCUGAAAAGGGCAGGAGCAAAACCUUUAACACGUGCAGUGCCCACCUGCUCUCUGUUUCCUUGUUCUAUGGAACUCUCUUCUUCAUGUAUGUACGUCCUGCGUCUGGUCCCUCUGAAGGUCAUGGCAAAAUAUAUUCUUUAUUUUACACAAUAAUAAUUCCUUUACUAAAUCCUUUUAUUUAUAGCCUGAGGAACAAAGAGGUUAUAGGUGCCUUGAGAAGAAAAUUGAAGAAAUAAAUAGUUGCUAGACAGUUUUCAAACUGUUUCUUCUUUACUGUCAGUUGAAAAAAAUCUCAUGUCCCAAAUAUUAGCUUGACUCAGCCAUUUAUUUAGUGGUCUACUGGUCAGGUUGGCCAAUGAGCUCUGUGUGAAGGACCCCAGCUUCCUAUUAUGUUUACUUGGAUAUGGGGGAAAGUUUGGUA